GUUACCAUGACAACUUCUGCAAAUAGGCGACACAAUCCAAGUAUCUUUAUUCAUUAAAAUCGUCUAAAAUUACCUCUUAAUCAAAUAAUUUGAAAAAUUGAAUUUAUGUCCGAAAAAAAAAAUUAUUUAAAUAAUGACACAGUCACAGGAUAAUUUAUCCGAUUUAAUUUCUCUCGCUGAAUCGGCUGGAAUUCAAACAUCGCCUGAAAUAUUUAGAGUCCUAAUGGAAUUAUUAGCACUUCAAGUAUGUCCAGAGGAUAUUUACACGCUUCUUCGACAAAUUAGUAGAAUUUCGCCGCAAAAGAGAAAAUCUGCACCACGUCCAAAUCCAAUGUAAAAAAAAAAAAAAUUCUAAAAUAAACAAAAAAGAAAACCAAAAAUUUGCUUUUUUAAAUUAAAUUAUAUUUUAAAAAUUUAAAUAA